AAUUCAGAAGAAAGAAGUAGGAAUUAGAAGAGAAGGCAUAUAACAAUAACAACAAAUGGGGAGAGAAGAAGGAAAGAGCAAGAUAUUGAUAUUUGGGGGAAGUGGUUACCUUGGUAACUACAUGUUGAGUGCUAGCCUUUCUAUGGGCCAUCCAACUUAUGCUUACCUUCGCCCAAUCAAACCUAAUUCUGAUCCUUCCAAGCUCCAACUCCAUCAUCAUUUCCAAUCCCUUGGAGUCACUCUUUUCCAUGGGGAACUAGAUGAUCACGAGAAGCUGGUAGCAGUACUUCGACAGGUUGAUGUAGUGAUCUCUACACUUGCAGUGCCUCAACAUCUUCUACAACUCAAAAUUAUAGAUGCUAUCAAAGAGGCUGGCAAUAUCAAGAGAUUUGUCCCAUCAGAAUUUGGAAAUGAUGUUGAUAGGGUAAGCGGGCUGCCACCCUUCCAAGCACUGCUUGAUAACAAGAAGAAGAUAAGAAGGGCAACAGAGGCAGCUGGGAUACCACAUACUUAUGUUUCUGCAAACUCAUUUGCUGCUUAUUUUGUUGAUUACUUACUCCAUCCUCGUGAAAACCAUGAUCAAGUUACCAUCUAUGGCACUGGUGAAGCCAAGGCUGUGUUAAAUUACGAGGAAGAUGUGGCGGCGUACACAAUAAAAGCAUCCACAGAUCCAAGGGCUUGCAAUCGAGUCAUUUUCUAUAGGCCCCACCUUAACAUUGUCUCUCAAUUGGAUUUGCUCUCGUCUUGGGAAAAAAAAACUGGACGUUCUUUCAAAAGGACCUAUGUAUCAGAGGAAUCUAUAGUCAAACUUUCCGAAAGUAAGUGCCCAGACUACAAAUAUACUUCUGUGGAUGAUCUUCUUGACAUUUGUUUGGUUAACCCUCCCAAACCCAAACUCGCUGCAUUUUCCUAAUCAACACCGUACUGCAGAUAUAUAUUCAAUAAGAAGUUCGAUGACAAACAUAAUGUGAUAUAAAAAUAUCAUAAGUGUAGCAUCGUUGCUACUAUUUUCCCCAUAAAUGUUGUGUAUUAGUCGCUUUCAUCAAUUAUCCAAAUGUAUGGAAUAAGGUUUAAUUAUUA